ACUGCCAAAAUAUGUCAAUAAUUAGUCUUAUUUUGAUAAUAAAAUAAUGAUAAUCCUAUUUUAGAAUAUAAACAUUUUUAACCUUAUUUUGCUUAAUUUCUCAUUUUAUAAUGCCUAAAUUAAAUAAAGAAUGCAAUUGACUAUUCUCCUCAAGUCCCUAUAUAUAUAAGGAGUAUUUCAGAAGAAGAGGACGGAGUGGACGAGCAAAGAUUGGAGCUUUCUGAAAUUUGCGGUUCUGAUUCCAAAGAAUUCUGUGUAUUGGUACAUGAGCUGGUGAUUCGCUUCAUUCUUUGGAAUUGUACGUUCGUGCGAUAUAUUCACAGAGAGGAUCUAUUCGAAGUAUUGUGGUCUGUGGUGGUGGAUGAUCUAAAAUCAGUUGGUGGAAGACGGGAAGGAUGCGAGGAAGAAGAUGUGGAAAGAAAACCGGGACAGAGAAUCAGGCAAACUUCGCCCUAAUUUAUACUCCAGCCGAGUUAAGUUGAGCCGACUCGCUUCCCUUCAACUCUCCAAUCACAAAGAGUUCGUCUCCCCUCACCGCGCAUCCAUCAACUCUCUUCAGGUCAAGAGGGUGGUGGGUUGAUAGCUCAACAUAAACCCCUUUUCGUUGUUGACAAAAGGCAUGAACACGGACACAAGUAUUCCGUUUCUACGGCCAUAUGGUAUCCAGUUGACAAUGGGCUGUUCAUCACGGGUUCGUACGAUCAUCACAUUAAUGUAUGGGACACAAACACAACACAGGUGGCUGUUAAUUUCAAAAUGCCUGGAAAGGUUAAUAAGAGUGCCAUGUCUUCUGUGGCAACAUCUCAUAUGCUCAUUGCUGCUGCUACUGAAGAUGUACAAGUUCGGCUUUGUGAUAUAGCUUCAGGCGCCUUUGCUCACACUUUAUCCGGCCAUCACGAUGGAGUGAUGUCAGCCGAAUGGUCAGUUUCUAGUGAGUGGGUUCUGAUAACUGGGGGAUGUGAUGGUGCAAUUCGUUUUUGGGACAUUAGGCGAGCUGGAUGUUUUCAUGUUUUAGACCAGUCCCAAUGUCAGCUUGGGAAACGCCCACCUCUACUUCCACGUUCCUAUCCAAAUAAGAAUUCAACUUCUAAAUCUUCACCAGCAACUCAUAUACCAUGUAUAAAGGCCCGUCCAUCGCAACGAAAAACAGUAACCAAUAACAGCAACAAACUGCCUGUUAUUGAUAGACAAAUUAGUAGGGGGUCAUCAAAGCAAAGAUUACACCCAGGGAUGUUAUCCUCUCAGGAUCGUGCCACUGCUCAUUAUGGUGUGGUUAGUAGUUUGAAAGUGACUAAUGAUGGCAUGUACCUUUUAAGUGCAGGUACGGAUUCAAGGUUAAGAUUGUGGGAUAUAGAGUCUGGUUGCAACACUCUUGUAAACUAUGAAACUGCACGCCUUCAAACUACUAAGGCCCUACAAGUUGCUAUAUCCGAUGAUUCUACUACAGUCUUUGUUCCAUGCAUGACGACCACUAAAGCAUUUGACUUAUGGUCGGGAAAGGCAGUGAUGAAUUUUCGUGGGCAUUAUGAGAAUGUAAAUUGUUGUUGGUACAAUUCUCAGGAGCAGGAACUAUAUACGGGAAGUAAUGACAGGCAAAUUCUCGUCUGGUCACCAGCCAAAACUGUUAUUGAAGAUGAAUCUAAUUUAAAGAUGAAAAUGGGCAUUGAUGAAGAUAAUUGGAGUGACUGAAGAUCAUUGUACAUCUUUUACUGGGUUUGCUUGUGUUUGAAGGUCUUCUGGUGUUUAAUUCAUUGUUAUCUUUUAUUAGCAAACAUAGACCUACACUAAGAAUGAAUUGAACAAUAAUAAUUUUGGAGGGGGGUGUAUCUGACAAUAGAUUAACCUUGUCCUCUUCUUUGUGUAGCCUUCUUUUUUUGGUCGUGUUUGGAUGUAGAUCUACAUACUUCACAACAUAUUUCAGCCAUCCCCAAUCUCCA